AUAACAUCAGCAUGGUCUCCACGCGCAAAAACCCUAAUUUCCUUCAUUCCUUGUCAUCAUUUUUAUUUUCGUUCUCUAACAGAGAACCCUGAAAGCUCAACAAACUUUCAGGUCUCCCAUCACUUUUUUUCUCUCUCUUUCUUUGCCCAUUAAUUGAUUACAGUUUCUGUUUCUCCAGCAUAUGUUGUAGAUUCAAAUUUCAAUUGAAGUGAGGAAGGAGCUGUUGAUCACGGCCAUGCUUACAGGAUCAUUUGGCUAAAUUAUGGACUUGGAACAUGGCAGGACUAGCAAGCUUCCAGACAUUGUUAUUGAGGAGAUUACACAGCCGGAAACACCUGUAAGAGUUCCUGAUCGGAGUGUGGAGAUUAAACAGUCGGAAACAACCGCAAAAGUUCCUGAUCGGAGUGGGGAGAUUAAGCAGUCGGAAACACCUCUAAGAGUUCCUGAUGGGAGUGGAGAGAUUAAGCAGUCGGAAACUCCCGCAAAAGUUCCUGAUGGGAGUGGGGAGAUUAAGAAGUCGGAAACUCCUGCAAAAGUUCCUGAUGGGAGCGGGGAGAGUAAGCAGUCGGAAACACUUCCAAAAGUUAAUGAUGGGAGGCCAUCUCCUGCAGUGCCGUCCAAAGUUGUAGAGGCUACUGCCAAGGGAGGUCAUCGGCGUGCCCCAUCGGAAACACUUCCAGACGUUAAUGAUGGGAAUGGAGGCAGUAAGCACCCGUCCUCUCCUUCACCCUCAUCCAAAGUUGUAGAGGCUACUGCUAAGAGAGGUCAUUGGCGUGGCCCAUCAGGAACACUUUCAAAAGUUAAUGAUGGGAGUGGAGGCAGUAAGCACUCGUCCUCUCCUCUAAUCUCAUCCAAAGUUGCAGAGGCUACUGCUAAGGGAGGUCAUCAGCGUGUCCCAUCCGAUAAGCUAUUGUCUUUCACCUCUACAUCUUCAUCGGGAUCAGACACAUCAAUGGAUGAUCUGUUCCAAGUGGACUCAAAUAGAUUCUCUACUUCAACACAUAUUCCUCCCCUCCCUAAAGAUUAUGGCCCAAACUCUCCUUAUCGCCCUUCAACAUCUCGUGCGUCAAAUGUCACCAAUGGGUUACCAACGGAAUCCCCUGCAGUCCAAAUGAUGGAGCGGUAUGGAGGAUAUGAUCCUUACAGGAUCCCAUCUUCCGUGUUUGAUACAAGUAAUGUAUCCAACAAAGAAAUAUUGGAAUGGAGCGCUGCUUCCAAUGAGUCAUUAUUUAGUCUUCAUUUAGGCAACAGCAGUUUUUCCAGAGACCAUAUACUUAUGUUGAGUGAUUUGGGUCCAACCAAAUCAAGUGAAUUGCUCGAGAUUAGUCCACGCACUCCACCUCCGGUAGUAGAAACAGAAAUGAGUAGGAUCGAAGAGGGGAGAGAAUCAGCAGCUGAAGAAGUGGCAGAUGCGAACAUCAAGGACACUGAACAUGCAAGUGCUGAAAAUCAUAGUGAGGGGAGGGUACCACCAGCCCCUAAAUCCCCUAGCCUUGCCCACUCCCGCCAUUCCGAUGGGAGUGGAUUAAGUGGAACUAGCACACGGUCCUUUGCCUUCCCAAUGUACGUCUAUAUAUAUGAUCUAAGUUUGACAGAUGGGACGAAAAAUUCUCUGAAGCUUCCGGGAGAUUCUGAAGAGCAGCGUCCGGAGCCACCACCACCACCAGCCAGCAGGACAAAAAAAUCAAAGAAAAAAAAGACCCGUUGGCUUCCUUGCUUUUCUUGUUCUUGGUGCAAGUGGGGCUGUUGUUGUUCUUGUCGUCGGCUUUGUUCUUGUCCACGUUUUUUCCGUCGCUGUUGUUGUUGCUGUUAAGAAAUGGAAGUGCCAUGGUCAUCAUAGCUAGGCCUCCUCCUUGUCCAUAAUGAAUGCCUUGCCUUGCCUUCCCUCAUGAGGCUCGUGUGAAGAAAAGUUAGUUGCACAUACACAGGAUUGUUAGCAAAUUCAAUGAAAGCCGGCCCAAACUGCAGCUGUUCAUACUUCAUAGUUAGCAGUCUAUUAUAUCAAAUCGAGUUGCAAAUUUUGCUUCGAGUUUCAGCUUCAAAUUUGUGGUGCAACUGUGAUUGUGCUCACGUUGUUUAGUGCUUCUUAUAAUGCAUUAAUGGAGCAUAAAAGCCUAGCUAGAAGGCUAGAACUAAGAACAGUCGUGGAUGGUGGAAGCAGACUUCAGUAUGAAGGCAAGGGAUGGAUUCGAUUGACAUACAUUCCUGGCAACAUCACACAUGCAUGGUGUAGUUCGGUUUCCUGGGGGAAGAUAGUGGAUGACAAUUGACAGACGAGCCAACUUUACUGUACCGAAAUGUACAUGAGAUUUUUGCCUCACGUUGCUCCUCGGUUUGAAUCAGCACCAGCUAUUGCAUAGUCCUCGGUUCGAUUCAAAGAGUUCUUUUUUUGCUGUGUAUACCCUAUUUCAAUGGCAUAUAUAUGAUCUUAGUCUUAGGGGAUGUAUAACAUAUGAUUAGAAAAAUUAACAUUUUAAGUAAUUAAUCUCAAAAUAUUUAUAUUUCAUCUA